CUGCUCGAUAAAUGCGUGAUCGUGUACCUCGACGACAUACUGGUUUACAGCACUAUCCGGAGCACCAUUUGAAGGAUUUGGAAGCAGUUUUCUCUCUCUUGCGGCAGCACCCGCUCAUCACCAAGGGCUUAGAGUGCAAGUUUCUAAAACACAAACUGGAGUUUUUGGGACACGCCAUUUCCAUCGACGGUGUUAAAAUCGAUCCCAAGAAAAUCGCGACGAUACAAGACUGGAAGCCGCCGGCUAAUCUCCGUGAACUUCAGAGUUUUCUGGGGACUGUCAAUUACGCCCGCCAUUUUGUUCCGAACAUGGCGAGGGUAACUUCCACUCUCAUGGAUCUCCUGCAGAAGGGCACGUUUUAUGAGUGGGGGGGAGAGCAGCAGGCUAUGUUCGAACAGCUCAAACUUCUCCGCUAAUCUGCUGCUAACUGGCCUAUUCACCCACG